AUGCUACUCUCGCCGAAUUUGACCAGCAACCUGACGGCAUCAGGACCAACGCCGUUCGAUCCGGGGUCGCCUGUCUUUCUUACUUCUAUCCCCUGUCGUAUUUUACUUUUUGCUGACGAUUUAAAGCUCUUUGCUAAGAUAUCUUCAAUAAAUGAUUGCCAUGUCCUUCAAGAAUCAUUAGAUGGGUUUUUGAUCUGGUGUAAAACAGUUGGCCUAAAUGUCAACGAAGACAAAUGUAAAGUCAUGUCCUUCUAUAGAUCUAGAACAUGUAUUGAUUUUAAUUACACAAUAAACGGGAUACCUCUAAAGCGAGUUCAAGAGACUAAAGAUCUUGGAUUCAUAUAUACACCAACUCUAUCUUUUAGAUCUCAUAUAGAUUAUAUAUCCUGCAAGGCCUUAAAGAUUAUAGGUUUCAUUCGUCGUCAUACCACUGAGUUCAAUUCAGCGCCUUGCUUGGUUGCACUUUAUUGUUCCCUUGUAAGAUCAAUCUUGGAUUAUGGAUCGAUAGUUUGGAACCCAUCACUUCAAGUCGAGACAAAACUUAUCGAAAGAGUUCAAUCUCGUUUCCAUAGUCUUGCCGGAUUUCUACUUAAAAUUAACCACCCUCAGCACAAUUACAUACCAGUAAUGAAUACAUUAAAACUGUGUUCUCUUAAAAAUCGACGAGAAAGAGCUGACCACCUGUUGUUAUUUAACCUACUUCAUGGGAAGGUGGAUGCACCCCGACUCCUGGAGCGCAUUAAUAUACGUAUUCCAAGUUUUCAUACCAGAUCUCAAGAGCCAUUCCUCAUCCCCACUUCAAGGUCCAACUUCCUGAUGAACGAUCCCUUAGUUAGAGCUAUGCGCUCGUCGAAUAAUAAUAAUUUUGAUCUUUGGCCUUAA